UCCUCAGCGUAAACUACUUUCUUUUCUUUUAUUUUGAUCCUUUUCUGCAAUGCCUCCUCCAUCGGCUGAGUCCAAAGAGGAUGAUUUGUAUGAGAGAAUCGAAAGCUUUGUUUCUCUCCUCAAGCAAGGGUGAGUGGCGCCCAGAAAACUUAUUCUUGGGUAUUUUCUUUAGAGGUGCAAAAUAUGGCCAGUGUUAUGGUGCAAUGUUUUAUCCCAGAAAAUUGUAAUUAUUUAGUCUAGGAAUGCUAAAACUUGACCCCAUGUAUUUACUUAUUAAGAUGAUGAGCCAUGUUAUUUAGAGUUAAAAUUGCGAUGAAAGUUUUUUGACAAAGAAUUUUUGUUUUUGAAUUUUGGCCUUUUUCCCUUUAUUUUAGAGAGCUUCAUGGGUCAUAUGCUAUAGCAACGCAGACAUUGCAGUUGUUGCGAAGAAUUGUUUCACAGACACGCUGGAGCACUGCAGGGUAAUUCAUUAUACAGCUACAUUUGUAUUUGAAAGUUGUGUCUGGGUGUUAUAUGCACCUAUUAAAGUUUAAUACAUAUAUGCCCAUGGGAUAGGGGGGUUGGGACCACAGGCUAUUAAAGGGUGGGGACAUCCCAGACUGUGAAGGGUGUAGCCAAUCUCUCCUUCGCAGAUACCUCUUUGUGUCAUAGGGAGGCUGGGGAGAUGCCCGUCUGCAGAGUAUGGCAGAACUCGACGAGAUCUCCCGCAUGCAAGGCCGUUUUUAGGCCCCUAUUUCUUAUGUAUUAUUAAAAACUCAUGCAUGCACCUGCCAUACUCUGCAGACUGGGGGAGAUGGAAAAAGAAGGACUUUCAUUGGGAUACCCAGUGGGAGCCUAUGCGGAGGAGAGAGGCAUAGACAAAUUAAAUAAGACCAAUUUUGGCAAACUUCAAACAAGCUGUUGGCCCCAGGGUAGGGAAGUUUGGACAAACCUGAAACUGAAACAAAUUAACAUCAAUUCAAGAGUGUACCUUGCUUCAGGUACUUGUACUUUUUGUGCCAAAAGUUCUGCAUCUCUGCUCUUUUACUGACCAUGCCAUGCUUUUUGUUUGUCCAAGACAGAAUAUAAAUCAUAAAUUAGAGAAGUUAAAGGUGAUUUACAUAAAGCAUUUUUCUGUUUAUGCAAGAAUUAACUAUCACUUUAAGACAAGUGAAAUGAAUAAUUAGAGUAGUUGGGGGGCAAACAUUUCAAGCCUUAAGGUCCUGUUAGAAUAGACUGGGAAUGUGCAUUUUUGUACAAUCUGUGAAAUAAUAUUACACUACUGGUACAGACAGUUAGUCCUUGAAAAUUUAAUGUGGUCCUUGAAAAGUUCUUUAAAAAUGGUUGCAAUUUUUUGUAUGAACCCUGUGUAAGUCACAUAGCUUAACUUUUUAUAUUUUGUGGUCAUUCUAUCCGAUCACCCACCCUACCUGGGUGGGUUUUUGGACCCCCACCCCCCUCCUUAAAAAAGGAACCAAUCUCCUAACCCCCAGAAGAUGGUUAUUUUUUUGUUUAUUUUUUUUGUCCUCAUAUGAGAUAUAUUAUUGUUUUUUUUUCCCAGGGAACUCAUGCAGUGUGUGAGAACAGAAGGAAAGAAAAUGGCAAGUGCACAACCAACAGGUAAUAAAUUAUUUUCCCUGAUUUUGCUUUUUUUUCUCAUUUUUCUUUCUCCUUCACUUUAUCAUUCAGCAUCCUUUUUUGAGCUAUACAUAUGCCAUUACUAAAAUUGUGAUAUUUUAAUUAUCUGUUAUGGUUUUUAUGCCUAAUACCACUGUAUUCUGUUUUAAGCGAAGGUACAUUGUAAACUCUUAUUUUGUAGAUUCUGUUGUUGGAAAUAUGGUGCGGAGAGGUAAGUACUGGUAACCAGAAAAAAAUUAAUGUUUGACAAAAAGGAAAAAAAAUGGUGUCAAGACCCUUGCAAUUAAUGUAGGUAUUUCUUGGUGUCAUGGAAACUAAUGUUGGUUAGCUAUUGUUUUGUGGGGUUGGUAUUGUUGAGUGUCUUUUCAGUCUUUUGUGUUACAUCAUUUGGUGAUGGUACCCAUCCACAACACCAACUGAAGAAACUACAUUGCUGAAUAUUAAUUAGUUUUUGUUGCUAAUAACUUUUAUAACAAAAAUGGCUAACUUGAGUAAUCCAUGAAUUUGUAAUAUUUAUUGGUGUUAACUGUUGUUUGCUAUACAUUUCAUUGUGGCUUUGCAUGUACUGUAUGUGUAAGAAUAGUCAUGUCUGGAUGCCAUUUUCUACAUGUAAUUGCUCUCAUUCUAUUUCCUUUUUGUAAAGCUCUUAAGAUUAUCAGAGAGGAAUAUGCUGGGUAAGAGAUUAUUACAAAGUACAAAAAAUGCUUUUUAUUAACAUUCAUCCACUGUACAUUAUAUUUUCAUCUGAUUUGUUAAAUAAAUAAUAAGCAACAUUGAACUAAAGAAAACAUUGUAUUUCAGGUCUGUUAGUGGGAAAACUGAAGAGGGAGAAACCGAAGAAUCUUUACAUGUAAGUUCUCAGACCCAUGCAUAUCAUAAAAAUGACACUCAAACAUUACAUUUUCUCCGGAAGAGUAUACACUGUAUUUAACACAGAGUACAUGCAUGUAGCCUUCUUACAGUAUUAUUAAUUACAGUCAUGAUAAAGAAAAGAUUGGGUCUCUCUUUGUGAAAAAUAAAUAUGUGGCAAAGCCACUUUCAUUGACAGUAAUUAAUUUUGAUUAAUUAAUAGUAGCUUCCUUGUUUAGUUAUCAGAGUAUACUUUCCUUUUCAGAAACUUCUGAUGGCUGGGGGACCUUCCACUAGUGAUUUUAAUAAACCAACUCAUGGACUAAAGGUAUUAUUGUCAUGGUGUGUCAUUUACAAUGUAUGUGAAGAUUUUUAGAUAUUUAACAGAGUGUUUUCAUUGCAGGCCACAGUUAUUGAUGCACUAAAUGAACUUUUAACAGAACUGGAAUCAAGGUGUGACAUUUUAUGUAUUUUGGUGCACAAGUUAUGUGCAAUUUUUCUUUGUCUUAGUGAAGGUAUAGCUGUCGUGUUUAGUUUUGGUACAGUGAGGGUCAGGAAAAAAGAAAAGAAAAGUCAAUAAAAGGAAAGAGAUAAUAAUUAAUUAAUAUACAUUAAUUUUACACUGCACAGACACUCAAUGCAGGACACUUGAGAGAAGAUUGUACAAUCACAUCACUUUCUGAAAACAAAAGGUUCUCAAGUUUUUUUUUUUUGAAAAACGAACCAAUACCUUUCAUGAAUUUGAGGGCUGUUUCCUGAGAGGUCAGGUGAGUUCAAAGGGUUUUAUAGUGUUCAAUGGUUGCAUAGUUGAAUACCUGAAUUUUAUUGAUCCCUAAAUGUAAAAUUAAAAAAAAAAACAAAACUGGAGAAUCCUUUGUUUUCAGCAAACAUUGUGAGUGAACAAUCUUCUUCCAAGUGUGCCAGCUUGAGUGUCCUCCCUGUAAAACACUGCCUUCUCCACACUGUCAUUUUAUGUGCAGAGGCUUAAAUGGAAUCAUUGAGACAACGUUUGGUUGCCCUAUAAUGGAUUUUACUAUAGACUUACAGGGCACUUCAGUGAGAGCCAUACCCUGCAUGUGUUUUGUAAUGAUUUUGUUGUUUCCCCUUUUUAGUGCAUAUAACAUUGCCACCCAAGCACUGGAACAUAUUCAUUCUAAUGAGGUUAUAAUGACUAUCGGCAAAUCAAGAACUGUCGAAGAGUUUCUCAAGGUGUGCAGUGAAUAAUUUUAAAUGUAAUAUGAUAAAGUCAGAAACUGAGAAUUCAAGAAGUACAGUGCACAUUGUAUGUUGGUUUAUUACCCUUUGGUCAAUGCAGAUUUCAUGUAUUUGGUUCACUGUACGUGUACCUGUUAUGAUUUCUAAGGUGACAUUAUCUUCUCUUUUUCCUUUCUUCCUUUUCCUUUUUCUUUUCUUUUUUUUUUCAAGAAUGCUGCAAGGAAACGUAAAUUCAGUGUCAUUGUGGCAGAGGGAGCUCCAUUUUACAAGGUUUGUAACCACACUCUUAAAGUAUGCUAAAGUAUUAAAAUGUUUAAGUGUAACUGCAUGCAUGGAGUUGUUCCACCUAGACUGACUUUUUGUAAGAUAAUUCUCCUUUUAACUUUUGAAUUUAAAGUAUUACCAUUCUAGUUAAACCUCCUUGACAGAACUUUUGCGUAGUAGUACAUUGUAUUUUUUUGUCCUCAGGAUUUUAUUAGAAGAAAUUUAAAAUUUCUUGUUGGUGAAUUUUCACGUCAGCCACUGCUAGAACUAGGAGUAAAAGUGUUAAUAGUAAGAGUCUUUAUUCACAAAAAAUGGAGUCACAACAUACAUUAUGUGUGGCUUUACAAAAUAUGGUUGUAUUAACUAGUUAUUAAAAAUCAAUUACAAUUAGACAAAUUGAAAGACAUCAAUUAUUAAUAAAAGAUAUUUUAAAACAUUCCAUUUUGACUGCACGUAAAAUAAAAUUAUGCCCUCAAUCUGGCAAAGAUCUCUGUCUUUCUGGGGACAGCAGCUGCAAAGGAGAUGCGAUCAGCACUAGAUUCCCAUCACUCUUCUAUUCAUGGCCCCCUCAAUGUGUACCCUGACUCAGUCUCUGCCUUUCUUUUCUAGGGUCAAGACCUUGCUAAGAGUUUAGCCCAGCAAGGGAUUGAAACCACUCUCAUAACUGAUUCAGCAGUGUUUGCAAUCAUGUCAAGAGUAAAUAAGGUAAAUUAUUGCUAAAUUAGAGAUAAAGCUACUCUUGGAGAUCUACAGUCGAACCUCCACGGAUGGCCAUAUCUCCAUACAACAGCCACUUUUUUUUGGUCCUGGCGGACAAAAAAUCCAUGCAUUGACUCUUGUUUAAAACCUCUCUAGAAUGGCCACUUUCUUCUGUCCCCAAGGUGGCCGUUGUAGAGAGGUUCAACUGUAAUUUGUUCCCUAUGCUGAUUUUCACACACAGUCAUGAAACAAUGAAAUGAAUGAAUUCCUCUUACCCCAGGCAUGUGGUGGCCAAGCUACGGUGAACACCACCCCAAGCGAGAAACUUUCCUCCGCUUUCCCUUUUUUCACCCAGGGCCCAGUUGCUCGACGGCCGAUUAGCGCUAACCCAUGGUUAGAUUUUAACUCAGGUUCUUUUUUUUUAAAAACUUUUUCUUGGAUAAUUUUCCCCAUUCUUUUUAGAUUAUCCAGUCGCCAAAUUGUAGACAAAAAGAAUUCAACUGAAUUUUUUUUUUUAAGCUGUCAUAUCUGAAUUCAAAUUUCACACUAAUCCUGGGUCAUCUUAACCCAGUUUUAAGCAACCCGGUCCAGGUGUAUAAUUUUGUAUCAGUGAGGUUGUACUGCUGGCGUUGGUAAACAUGUGAUGGACUAGUAUCCCAUCAGGGCGGGGGAGGAGGGUGAGGUAGUACUGAAUGCUGUUACAGUGUAGGUGCUCCUGCUUCAUGCUACAGAAGCCAGUUUGACCUCUGUUUGUGUAGAAUUCCAUUUGGCCGUAUGGCUUUAUCUUAUCAUAAGCAUGCUGUGAGGAAAGUAAUGUUUUUUGUGUUAUUAUUGUUGUUUGCUGUAGGUUAUUAUUGGUACAAAUGCUGUGAUGGCAGAUGGCGGGUAGGUCACUGAUAUAUUGCCCACAAAAAGACGAGGAAAUAGUAAUAAAUGAAUAGAGCAUACAUGGUGUACCUGUAAGACAACAAAAGAAGUAACAAACUAAAAAUGGAAGUGGUGAUAUCUGAGGAGAGGGUACCCGGAGAAAAACCUCUCAAAACUAAGAAGAGAACCAACAACCAACUCCGCAACCCACUUACGUGUGUGGUAUCGACACCCUUUACGGUCAUUUCGCCCCGGUUACUUAGCCCCCUCUUUUCGAGCCAUUUAGCGCACUUCAAAUGUAAUAUUUCUCGUUCUAUAAGCCAUAUAGCAAAACAAGUGCGCAUCAAAUGUAAUAUUCCUCAUUGUUUAAGCCAUAAACCAAAACGAGCAGGCCUUAGAUGUAAUAUUUCUCGUUCUCAAAUAGGGGGCUAAGUUACCGGGGAGAAAUGACAUAAACCAAGGCCUCUGUUGUGGGAUGUGGACUUGUGAGUGCUAUCUCCACUGCGCCACUGUUGUCCUCCUGACUCUUGUGCUUCUCUGACCCUUUGACCCUUUCUUCUUACCGUGAUUACUCCCUCAGAUUGCGGUCAAUUGUUGGUUCACACGCUUUAGCAUUGGCUGCUAAACACCACUCAGUACCGGUAAGUCCGGCUAUAAAGUAAGGACAUGUACACCGUAUUUAACCUAAAUAAAGUCCUUCAGUUUUCUCUUGGUAUUUUCAAUGGUUCGAGACUGAUGCGAGAGCUCUACCUGCGGGCAAAUAAAUGCACGCACAGGCUGUAAAAUGAACGAGACAUAACGUUAUUGGCCUGCAAGCGUAAGGUCAAGAUGACUGUGUUACCGAACAGAGCGUUUGGUAUCAGUCAAUAGUAUACGUCUGAUUUGAUAUCCUUCACCACAUUUAAAGCUACCUUUCCUAGUGAGAUAGUUCCGCUGCGUACCGUGAAGUAUAAUUUUGCUUGAUAUGCAGUGCCAUUAAUUUUUGGACAUUGAAUACGUUUUGUCCUGGAACCUAGUUUUGCCUAACUAUUCAUUAAUCGAUUAAUCUGUCAGAAGGACUAAUUGCCGUAAUUACUAUACUUACGACUGUUAUUUAUAAGUUAAUACUAGGAAUCAACUGAUGUCGUAUGGACAAGAGUUUUUACAGUACUUUUCUUAACGUACAUGCCGGCGUACAUGUACAUCAUUCACGAGGACGAGUAUUUCACAGAUCUUCCAACACCAAGUCCUGAAAUUGUAACGACUUUUUUCUCCUUUUUUCCCCCAGUUGAUCGUGUGUGCCGCUAUGUACAAACUUACUCCGCAGUAUAUUGUGUCUUACGAUCAGGUAAAAGUCAUUACAUUUUUGUCGACAUACAUAAAAAGCUGCAUGUGAGCAUACUAAGAGCAUUGUUCUUCUGUUUACCACGGUAACAAGGUUUCUAAUAUUUAUAUAUAUAUAAAUUAAGACGAAGUCGAAGUCUCAUCUCAGUAUUAAUUCAUGUUGUAGGACAGUUGCAACAAGUUCGUUGUUCCACAUGAUGUUGUGAAUUUCUCUGAAGGUAAGACACGAGUGAAACCCUUUAGGCCUUAAUAUCAGCGUGCACAUUCUCCUUACAGUUUUCCUUGCAUUUCAUGGGCUGCGGACGAGGAGAAUUUGCUUGAAGACCAAACCCUGUUCAAGUUGUAGAAAAAUCUCGUUUCUCUCACGACCCUGCGAACACUGUUACUUCAAGAAGAAAUUGUAGUUUAAAUAUUGCCAUUUGGGCACUUCUCUUACAGGAGGAAUCCUAUCCAAGAUAGAUGUCCAUAAUCCUGUGUUUGACUACAUCCCUCCAGAUUUAGUGAAUCUCUGCAUUUCAAACAUGUGAGUAUUGUUUUCUAGAUGUCGCUUCUUCCCACCAUACAGGCAGAAAUAAUGUCCGUGGGACUGGCCCUUUGUUCACCCUGUUCUCCUCUGGAGGGCCUGCCUAUGGGCUAACCACGCACUAUCCCCCGGCCCCACCCACAUCUCCUCACCCUGUUUACGCCUCCCUUUCACAGAUAUCUAAAUUGGCUCUGCCACUAGCAGCCCAAUAAAAAUGCGCUGCUGCGAUCGAGCUGCGUUAGCAACAGAGCGCAUGCCGCGAAGUACACACUUUUUUUGGCCAUUCGAAAGCCAUGAUAACUUAGUCAACUCAAUUUAAGGAAGGCUAAAGCGAUCUGAGAAGUUACUGUUCUUGGCUCACUCACUGUUAACACCUAAGUCUAGUUCCAUUGUGUUUUCUUAAUUUCCAGUGGAGGCUAUUCACCUUCGUACGUGUACCGGCUUGUAAGUGAAUUAUACCAUGCAGAUGACUACUAUUUAUGAUAAGGUAAGUAUUGAUUUACUGACCACCUGCUCCUCCCCUAAGUCACAAUUUUGCCAAAAGUAAGAAGUAAGUGCUAAUGUUGACUUAGGGGAGGAGUAGGUGGUCAGUUACCCAGAAACAUCAAAUGAUCCGACAUACUUUGACGUUUGUUCAUUUUUGUUCUGGUCGUUAGCCUGAUGGGAGGUUUUAGUAAUUAUUUUUCAUGUUGCAAAAAUAAACAUCGUAAUUACGUAAACCGCAUAAACCUUUGGUUUUUCUUGCAGAUCGCAAAAUAAAAAAGAAAUUAUUCUCAUUCAAUCUUCGACUGCCAUUUAUUGUUCAAGUGUCACUCAUUGAUUGAUGCCGACAGCAUACUCAAUUACAGGCGCUACUCUUUGACAUCAUUAUCAAAAUUUGUCCUACAGACUGUAUGAUCCACUGGAGAGAGGCUGUCUGGACUACUACUCCGUUCGCCGCUUCGUUUGAGAUGCAUACAUACAUACAUACAUCUUAAUUAUUUUCAAGUUUGAAGUACAAUUUUAACAUACCCGCAGGUAGCUACGCUACUCUAUGCGGGCCAUGUUUUCAAGAAAUAAAUAUAAGUUAUAGUGACUAGUGACCUAAUAAACCUAAAACUGACAUUGGUCAGGAAACAAAAGCGUUAUCGUUUAAGAGAAGGUAAUCUAGCCUCACGAAUGCGGCAACUAGGAGCGCUAGCAGAAGCGUCCGUU